UCUGAUGACCACCUUCUCACUCUCUCUCUGAGCCUACACUCUCUCUCCCUUUCUUGCUCCCCAUCUCUCUUCCUCCCUCUUUAUUUCUCCCACCCUCCAUCCUUCUGUAGGUUUUUAUUCAGUCAGUGGCAGCUCCCUAUCAGACUCCUGCUACUCUGUGUCCAGUGAGGCAUCCCUGGCACAGGGGGGUCCAGUAAAAGUUGGGCUAGUCCGGACUGGACCAGGACCACCCUCAGGGGGAGCCUUCAGGCUGUGGGAGCAGCGGGCUCUCUCUGCAGACCACAGAGACAGACAGUGGCCGGAGGCCACGCAGCAUCCAAGAACUCAGAGCAUUGAGGAGACCACAGAGAUCACUGAUAGGACACCAGUGUCUACGGUUGACCUGGAAAUGAACAGCCUUUUCUUCCUCUCUGACCUGUGCGCCAGCCUGGGUGACCCCCAUGACGGCUCCCUCCUCCCGCUGCCUGACCUCCGACCCCAACUCGACCCCAGGUUCUGUUCUGACCUGGUGUCCCGGAGGACCAAGGAGGUGUACCCGUACCCCAGCCCCCUCCAUGCCGUGGCCCUCCAGAGCCCCCUCUUCACCUACAGUCAGGACCCCUCUCCCUCCUCUCGCCUCUCGCCGAGUCCGGACUCCUCUACCCAGGCUGAAGAAUCUCAGUCCACUCCCCUCUUCCGGUCCCCCCAGACUCCUCAGCCCUCCACCUUCACCCAGCUGGAGCAGUACAUCACCAGGCUGGCUCGCCAGUACCGAAGCCGGAUUGCCCCCCCUGACACCACCCUUACCUCCAUCCCCAGGCAAGGCUCCCACAGGGGCCCCAGAACCCCUGGCCACGGCUCCACUCAGUCGCUGUCGGCCUUUGAGAACCGCAGUACCCCCUCCAACCUGACAGGGGGCAGUGUGACGCCCUGCAAGUCUUUUCUGGGAAACUCUGCACGGGUCAGCCUCAGCAGUAUCAGUAAGAAGGCCAGUAGGAACUCCAUUAACCUGGGCCACCUGCCCUCAGCGACAGGAGAAGAUCUCAAAAUCAACCUCCAUCUCAACCUCAGUCUCAACCUCAGCCCCAAUCUGAACAAAAACCUGGGUUUAGACUCAAACUCCAAUGAAGGUAUUAGCACUAGUGGUGUAUUAAGGAGUGACCAUGCUACCCCCACUGCCUCCCCCUCUCCUUCCACCUCCUCCCUCUCCAGCGCCGCCACUCCCACCCCUGCCCUGAGGGUGAGGCCACGCAUCUCAACCUGUCCCUCCAACCUCAAUCACCGGAGCUCUUUGGAGGUCACCGGGUCAGGGGCUGGGUCAGGUCUAGAAUUCUCCCGCUCACUGGACUGGAGUAGAUUGGAUUCUUCACCAGGGAAAGUGACAAUGAGUCAACCUAACGUCAAUGCCCCGGACACCAGCCCUGGUAUGCUCAGCGAGGACUCAGCGAUGGUGGGGGAGAUCUCCCGUCUCUCUGGCCUGCCCCGGGCUGUGGUGGUGGGGCUGAUGGAGCAGGGUGUGGAGCUGGAUGUUGACUGCUUCCAGAGCGACACCGAGAGAAAAGGUCAGGGGUCAGAGUUUAAAGGCCAAAGCUCCUCCCCUUCCUCCCGCCAGACAGCCCGGAAUGACCACCAGUCUCAUCAUCAUGAUUAUUCCAGUGUCCGCCACCUCCACGCCAGUAACGAGACUGACCUCGACCCCCAGAAGACGAUCCAUCAGUCCCUCAGUGUCACCAACUCCUCCAGUUCCCAUUCCAGUAGCCCCAAUCACCCUUACCAGUCCACCUCAACCCAUCCAUCUACCCAUCAUCAUGUCACCCACCACCACACACAUACCUUCCACUGCCAACAAACCCCUUCCCCAUCCGACCCCUCUUCCUCUACUGCCUCCUCCCCCUCGUCUCGUGACCACCCCAGGGUACACUCCCCACCCCGCCCUCUCCAGCCCUCCCCCCUCGCCACUACUCCAUUCUCUGUGUUCCGGCGGGAUGACCCAUUCCAGUGCUCCCUGCCUCGCAUCAGUGACAGCAGCUCACUACAAGGGGGCGGCAUCCGGCCCAGAGGGGGGUCGCUACGGCAGGAGUUGGUGAGGGCAUCGACGGUGAGCAGCUUCCACAGGAAACAGAGGUGCUACAGCAGCAACUGGGGAGAGGAAGGCAGUCACGACAUGGCCCAGACGCCAAAGAAGGGGGCAGACAAACUCUGGGACUUCGAAGGGCAUUCAUGGGGGAAAGAAGCUGAGGAGGAGAACAAGGAGAGGUGGAAGAGAGAGGGGAUCAGGAGAAAGAAGGAAAAUUACCAAAAGGAGAAGCUGCAGGCCAACAAAGAGACAGAUAGGCGACAGAAAGAGAGCAGUGCCUCAAAACGCAGAGGGAAGGGUGGUGGUGGUGGCUGGGACAAGCGUAGCUCCAGCCUGAGGCUGUCCAGACAGGCUCUGUUCCGCAGUGAGUCCCAGGGGGAAGUGCUGGAUCCUCGAGCCCUAAAAAAGGAGCAUCUGAGGGGGGCACAGUGGACCUCUUCCCUGGACAUCGGCAGAGGCAUGGAGCUCAGUGUGGAGGGGGGCACCCCUCACACGCUCACGCUCGCUGAGGGACCUGAGUAG